AUGUCAGACUUGCAAGAGGAGCUGCAAUGGCAACUGGACUGCGAUAUCCCAACAAAGUGGUCAUAGUAACUGGGGGCACCCGGGGCAUCGGUGAAGCCAUUGUCAGAGAAUUUGUCCACCAAGGAGCCAAAGUGGUGUUCUGUGCCCCAGAAUGUGAAGAAGAACAAGGGAAGAAGAUUGUGCAGGAAUUGGAGUUUUGUGGGGGUCCUGGGGAAGUUUACUUUCAGAUCUGUGAUGUUCGCUGUGAAAAAGCUAUUCAGAAUCUGGUUGCUGUGACCAUUGAACUUUAUGGACAACUUGACUGCCUGGUGAACAAUGCUGCACAGUAUCCCAGCACCAAACCAAUUGAUAACGUCACUACAGAAGAAUUCCACUGUGUCAUGGACAUCAAUGUUGUCGGCACCUUCUUAGCAUCUAAGUAUGCUCUGCCUUACCUUCGAAAAACAAAAGGGAACAUCAUCAAUCUCUGCAGUAUAGUCCAUAUUAUUGGGCAAAAGCACUGUGUACCCUAUACCUCAAGCAAGGGUGCUAUUAGUGCAAUGACCAAAGCCCUGGCCAUCGAUGAGAGCAAAUAUUGUGUCCGAGUCAACAGCAUUUCACCUGGCAAUAUCUGGACUCCAGCAUGGGCAAGGGUGGCAAGCGAAGCACCCGAUCCAGAGGAAGUAAUCCAGAAAGCAAAAGGUCAUCAGCUUAUGGGACGGUUGGGGAACCCUGAAGAGAUUGCGAAGGCUGCCCUGUUCCUUGCUGCCGAUGCCACGUUCUGCACAGGAUUUGACCUUGUGGCCAGCGGCGGAGCUGAGCUUGGCUUUGGCCCUAAGAGUCAAGUUACUCCCGGUUGUGGCUCUAAAAACUAGUGGAGUCAACCAAGAUGGGAGGAUUGCUGUGGCUGCAAAGUAGAAUGCCAAUCUAUGUGAUUUCCAUUCAGGUAGAGGGCUACCUCGCAAGGUCGUUGUAUGCAUGCAUUGCAGCUCAUGCAGAAAAGUUUGUGGGAGGAUUUCAUUCCUCCUUUUAAAUGUUUGCUUGACUAUAACUCCUAGCAGCCAUCAGCUAAUACAGCAUACGAGAAGAAAGCACUGGAUGUUGUAGUCCAGCAACAUCUGGAGGUCCAUAUGAUUCUUGAGUAAUCAUGAGGUUCUUUAGACAGAGAUAUAAUAAAUUCAGAUAUGAUAAGGAUGAAGAAGGUGCUUUUCCCCAGGACUCUCUUCUUGUUUGGAAAGCAGAAUGGCAACAGGUACAGCUCUUCCUAUAUCUGCAUUACCCAUAUAAGAAAAGAAUAAAAAGCUUUUGGAAUUCUAGAUCUGUGGAUUCCAGCAUUUAGUCCUCCAGUUGUUUCCAGUACUUACUCUUCCAGUGUCCCAUUCCAACCACAUCCUUCAAUCCAGAGCUCUGCCAAGGAAUAGUUCUCUUCCCAUAUUAUUCCCACAUGGGAACGCAAGCAUGAAAUUUUGCAAAUUGCCCCCAAAUCAGGACUAUAAAAUCCACUUCCAAAAGACCUUCCA